AUGUCUAAGGUUUUCUUCGAUCUCGAGUGGGAGGGUCCCGUCCUUGACGGCAGCAACAAGCCCACCAAGGAGGUCAAGGUCCAGAAUGGUGUGAUUAACUUCACCCUCUACGACGACGUCGUCCCCAAGACCACCAAGAACUUCAAGGAGCUGUGCGCCGGUACCCCUGGCUUCGGCUACGAGGGCUCUGCCUUCCACCGUGUCAUCCCUGAGUUCAUGCUCCAGGGUGGUGACUUCACCCGUGGCAACGGCACUGGUGGCAAGUCCAUCUACGGCGAGAAGUUCGCCGAUGAGAACUUCCAGAUCAAGCACACCCGCCCUGGUCUGCUGUCAAUGGCCAACGCUGGCCCCAACACCAACGGCUCCCAGUUCUUCAUCACCACCGUCGUGACCUCCUGGUUGGACGGCCGCCACGUCGUCUUCGGCGAGGUUGCCGACGACGAGUCCUUCAAGAACGUCAAGGCCAUCGAGGCCGCCGGUUCCGCCAGCGGUGCCAUCAAGUACGGCAAGAAGCCCACCAUCACCAAGUCUGGCGAGGGUCACCUGCCUCACCGCCAGUAA